AUGAAUAGAUAUGCGAUUAAAAGGGUUUAUAAAUAUGAACAAGAGUAUAAAAAAAUACAUAAAUAUAUGAAUAUAGGAAUUGACUAUAAAUCUAGAUUUCACAAUAGUACGUGUGAGGGAAAUUUUGUAAAUACAGGGAUUGCCAGAAUAAAUAAGAAAUUAUUCCUGUGCAAUAGCUUGAGAAGACGCAAAUCCACCAAGAGCAAACUUGUUAGGGCAUUGUGUUAUAAUUUCAGAAGAGGUGUGUUGUAUUCGUGUAACACACAGAAUACUAAGCUGCGUAUGAAUGGUGGUGUAAUAGAAGGAAGCAGGGUGAAAAAGGAGAAACCUGAAGAACGGGAAGAACGAGGAGAAGAGAUUAAGCGAACUCGAAUUGGUGACUCACAUGUGAGGAGAGGAGCGACGGAAGAAGUGGAAAACAACACACAAUUUUUAAAUGUAUUAAGACAUAAACAUAUUUUAAGCGUUUCUGAUAAGUGUCCCAUAUCUGGUUUUUGCAUUUCAAGUAAGAUGAAAAGAAUAAAAUUCAGGAAUUUCACACAAAUUGUUGGAGUAUCCAUAAAAAAGGAGAAGUGCAUGAAAUUUUCCCGAUUAAGUAUCAACGAAGUGUUAGAUUUUAUACGUAAAAAUUUAUCAAGGAAAAAUGACAUAAAAACGUGGAACAGCAUAUUUAUUCAGUUAGAUAAAUUAGUGUCGAAAAAAAGCAAGAGUGAAGAAUACAAAGUAGAAAUUAAUGGAUUUUUUGAUAAAUUGUCAAAUUUAGAAUAUUUCAUGGUUUUAAACCAUCUUAAGGAUGUCGAUGAAAACGUGAAAAAUAAUAUUUUGAAUAACUUAUUUUUUGAAUGCUUCGUUAUGUCCUUGAGGGAAAGGGAUAUUACCAAUUUACACGAAAGAGGGAAAUGUGUCGAAGAAUUGGAAGGUGCUAUUGAAGUUGAAUCUAAAGUGUAUGAAGAGGUUCCUGGUCAUAUGGGAACAAUGGAUAUUCUGCAAAUGGAAAAGAAAAGCGAAAGUAAAGUAAAAUCAUACAUGAAAAAUUUAAAGAAUCUUUUAAGUAUUUCUGGGGGUAGGAAGAGCCCAAAGGGAGGGGACGUAAUAGAACAUGUGAAUGAAGAAAAUAGGGAUUGGAUUAACAAGGAAUCACAGAAAAAUCAGCUUCAGUUAAAGGGAGAAGAGAAAAAAUUAGACACUUUUGAAAACAACUUGGAAGCAGAAUGUGCAAAGAUGAACAUUCCCCAUAGCAAUACUUGUGCAAUUUCGAAUGAAUACUAUAGUAGAGAAAAAUCAGGAAGACUGAAAAAACAGAAUGAUGCUUCAAGGAAAGAGACAUUGUAUGAUGUGAGAAUGAUUAAGCGGUGGUUUAAUCUGAUGAAUUACUUUUCAAAUAAAUGUGAAUAUGUUCCUAUUUUAAGAGAUUAUUUAAAUAGAAUAUUUAGACAACAUAUUGAUACAUUGAUUAGUGAGAAUUACUUUUCGAAAACGGUACAUCAUUUGACAAAUCAAAUAAACAGUAAAAGCAUACAUGCACUUAUAUGGACUUACGAGAAAAAGUUAGAUUUAAUGAAACCAUACGAUUUUAGUUACAGUUUAAUUAUAUUAUUACGAUUUUUAGUACUAAAUCAUAAUUUAUUUAAUAAAAUAAUUGAUUAUGCUAUUGCAAAUCCUUUAUCUAAAUUUGAGAAUGAAAAAUAUUUCAUUCGUUUUAUAAAGAGUGUAGAUAAUUAUCCUUUGAUUUAUCCUUCUAAUUUGGACUUUAACAAUACCGAAUUUUUUCAAUCCAAUAUGAAAGAUUUGUAUAAUUUUACUUUUUCAAUAUUUCUUAAAAAAUUAAAUAAAAAAUUGAAAUUUUAUUCUUUAAAUAAUUUAUUAUUUUUAUCCGAAUGUUUAGGAAAGGUUAUUUUUAUUCCUAAUACACAAAAUCAAAUUUUACAUAUGUUUAUAAACAAGUUGAGAUACCACAUAGAUAAUUCUUUAAACCUUUCAAGUGUCGACAAUUUUACUUUGAUACGUCUUUUUAAAAUUAGUUCUUUCUUUUCAUUUGUUCCAGAAAUGGAAAUUUUUUUGAACACUUCAACAAAGAGCCUUAAGAAAACUCGUAAGUUGGUUCAAGACGCGGAUGCUCACUUCAGACCGUACGUUGAAGUCUCUUUAGGGGAUAUUGACGAGUUGGAAGUUCUCUCUAGAGAGGCAAUAAGUGGUAGAGAAGGUGGAGAAGAUGUAGAUGGUGGAGAAGAUAGAGAUGGUAGAGAAGAUAGAGAUGGUAGAGAUGGUAGAGAAGAUAGAGAUGGUAGAGAUGGUAGAGAAGAUAGAGAAGCGACACAGUCAAAUGACAUCCACCUGGACAUAAUGAAGUAUGUGGAACCUUCACUGAAUGAAUUGGAAACACGAAAAAUGAAAUCGACGAAAGUUGUUCAAGUGGGUGAAGAAUCCCAAAAGGCUGAAGACUUCUCAAAUGAUACACAUUUGAAAGAGGAAAAAAAGAGUAUUAUGAAGGAAAGCGCAUCUAGUUUAAAUAAAAAAAUUCUAAAGAAUAGAAAUGACAAGACGAUAGAUGAAAAGAACAAAAAGAAAAGUAUAUGUUUCAACAUGAAUGAUGAGAAAGUGAUAAAUUAUUAUUAUGAGAAGUCUGAGGAAACAGACAGAUGUUAUCACAGAAAUUUUUUAACGAGCUAUGAUUUGUACCAAGUGAAAGAUAAUGCAUAUGAAAUGAACAGCUACCUUUUGAAUUACAAUUUAAGUCAUGACAAUAGUGGGAAGAAAUAUAAGAAGAAUAAAUUUUUAUUAAAAAAUAUUGUAAUGUUAUUAUGUGCUCAUAUUGACAAAAAUUUGGAUGAUGUAGUUAAAGAGUUGAAAAAGUUAAGGAGCACAGGAGGUGCAAAUUUAACCCCAUUAUCAUUGUCACAUAUAGGAACAACUUCAUCUGAAGUUUCGACCCACACAUCAGUGUCCUCCCCAAUGAACGUAGCUUGGAAUAAAGACAAAUUAGUGAUCGAAAUUAAACACAUAAAUGAGAAAAAUGCAGAGAGAGGUUCCAAGUGUAAGAGUGAUAAGAAUAUGUAUAUGGAAAAUGAGCUGUACAAGAGUUAUUUAAUUUUUUAUGAUUUUAGUGUUCUAAGUGAUAUAGUGAAGUUUACACAUUUUUCCAUCAACACUAAUAAACAUACUUAUGAUUUAAUAAAAUCCAUAAAGAGAAAGUUAGAGGAAAUGAUCCAGUUUUAUGAUUUCAAUAAAGUAUCGAAAAUAGUUGGUGGAAAACUACCCAUAGGAUGUGUAAGAAGCGUAGCGAUGAGGAACAUUUCCAUAUUUCAAUUGCAUGACUUUUAUUGUGCAUGUAACAAUUUUAGCCCAUCAUUUUUGUUUGGAUUUUUUGAUAUUCUGUUGAAACUGACACCUAAAAUAAAUAUUAUAAAUGUAGAUAAAGCUAGCGAUUUGUUUAACAAGAAAAAUAUUCACAAAAUGGAACAUCUGGAAAUUUUUGAAAAGGUGAGAGAUAGAAAUAUAACCAUUCCGUUUAUCGUUUCUUUGUUGAGAUCAUUAAAAAUAAUCAUAUCAUCAAAUUUAUUCCUUUCGAAUAAUUUACUUAAUGAGCAUAUUACCACCAUGGUUCAGUAUUCUUAUUACGUUUUGUUGUUUUAUUACUAUAAUAAAUAUAACAAGAGGCAUGAAAAAUAUGGCAAAGAUUUCAAGAAUUUGAAAGAUGAGGAAGUAUAUCUAGCAGAGAGAAGAACAAACAUGGAUCAUCCUCCUUCUUCUUCUUCACCUCCUCCUUUUGAAUCACCCUCACUUGGUUCUCCAACACGGUCUGAGCAGAAAGAUCUAAGGAGUGGUAUUUUGUUUUCUAACCGUAAUGAUAAAACGAAGGGGAAUGUUAAACACGGGAAAAAUACUACAUCUGAACAAUAUCACCAUAGAAGCAACCAUGACGAUGCUGAUAAGGUCGAUGUUGAUGAGGAUGAAAAUUUUCAAUUCCAGGGAACAUACAAAGGUGUUUGUGCAGGAAGACGUGGUACAAAUAAAAAAGGGAUAGAACUGCUUCGAGAGGAGGGUGAUAUUUAUGGUCGCAUGGAAAAGGAACAAAUGGAAAGUAAUAAAGGUAUGUAUAGGAAUGGGAUAGAAUUAAAUGAUGGAAGGGGAAGUAAUUAUUGUUCUGCUGUGUUUGAUGAUAGUAGUGACUGUUCAGCCAUUUCGAGUAUAAUAAAAUUAAAUAAGAAAAAUAAAAAAUUAUGCUUAUUUGAAGAUUUAUACUUGGAAGAUUUCUGUAAUAUUUACUUGUGUUUAUCAACAUCAUUGUAUUUUUUAAAUAGAACUGAUGAAAAGUCGAAUAAAAUAAAACAUUUAAUAUAUUUAGAAGAUAAAUUUCUCAAGUUAGUAACUAAAGUAAAGUAUAUGAAAUAUUUGUCCGAAAAUUUUAUCUUUUUUUUAUUUAAAGCACCAUCCACAUUUAAACUAGAAGAAGCAUUUGAUGGAAUAAUUCCAUCUUUAAAAGUAUAUAAUAGGAAAAGUAAAAAGACAAGUGAACUUCUCUCAUCAAUAACACAUUCUCAGAAGAUGAGAAUUUUGAGUUUACCAGCAGCAACUGCUUUUUUCUUAUGCAAAAUAAAAUUGUCUAUGUCAUCCAGUGGUAGUAAAGAAGCUAAUAUCGUACGAAUAGAAAAUAUCAAAAAAUUGUUUGAAAUUUUAAUGUGUGAUUAUAAGUUGCUCUCUGAUUGCGUUGAAGAAUUAUUUAUUAAUCGCAAGAAAGUAGGUUCAGGUGAAAUUCUCCAUCACAGGGAUGGAGAAGCAGAUGGUAUAGCAGAUCAUAACGGAGGAGAAGAAGAAGAAGAAGAAGAAGAAGAAGAAGAAGAAGAAGAAAAAGGAAAAGAAUGGGGACAAGGUUACGGAUCGGCAAAUGGAUCGGAUAAUUCAAUGAAAAAAGGUUCUUUUGAAGAACAAAACAGAGUGUACCAAUCGAAAAUGGGCACAACAGAUAGAAGUAACAAAUACCUUGAUGGAGUCACGAAAAAAAAAAGAGCUUAUUCUUAUUUACCCUAUCUGUUGUCAAAUAAAGUGGAUGUGAAGCAAAAUGCAUAUUUCGAAAUGUUAAUAGGAGAUAUGUUUUUUGGUGUACAUGAAGUUAAAACAUUGUAUGAUCUUCAAAACAGUUUACUAAAAACAGUUAAACAUUUAGAAACUGCCCAAAUUAAUUUGAAGGUGAAUUAUAAAAUUACACAGAUACAACCAAUUCAUAAUGAUGUCUUGGGAUACCUAGCUGAGUUAUCCAAUGUAGUGAAGGAUUGUCUAUACACCAUUUUCCUUUCACAGCCAUAUAUUCAUAAGUCUACAAAAAAGUAUACGACAAAAAGUUUAGUUAAUUAUUUUAUUAACAAGUGCAAAUUUGUCAGCGAUUACAACAUUUUCGAUGAUUGCAAUAAUAAAUCUUUUAACGAGUUGAAACGCAGCAAAUAUAUGACCAAUGAAUUUUGUCGCUAA